CACACCAGCUGGCUGUGUCCAUCACAGCUACCAAGUCUGAGAAUUCCUGAUUAUACUUAGAACCCACAGAGUCAGUGGCGGAGAGGAACGUUGCAAUGAACCAUGCUUUCAAAUUGAGCAGCCGCGAAGGAAUAUGCCUGUCUUUGACUAAAGAAGACGGAUCCCAUUUUCCCCCUUCCUUGGAUUAACCAUGAAAGACUCGCUCAACAUUCCACUUGUACAUAUCUUUACUCUGGCGGCCUUCAGCUUGGCUGAAAGACUCCCAAAAGCUCCCAUGAUCACCACUCCCCUUGAAACUGUGGAUGCUCUCGUUGAAGAGGAAGCCACCUUUGAGUGUGUAGUAGAGUCUUUUCCCCAAGCAGAGAUUACUUGGACACGUAACAACAUUCCUAUCAGGCUUUUUGACACCCGAUACAGCAUACGGGAAAAUGGGCAGCUCUUAAAAAUCCUGAGUGUGGAGGACAGCGAUGAUGGGGUCUACUGCUGCACUGCAAACAAUGGCGUAGGAAUCACUGCAGAGAAUUGUGGUGCUUUACAGGUGAAAAUGAAACCCAAAAUAACCCGUCCACCUUCAAAUGUGAAAAUAAUAGAAGGAUUAAAAGCUGUUUUCCCAUGCACUACAAUGGGGAAUCCCAAGCCUUCAGUCUCAUGGAUCAAAGGAGAACAUGUUGUAAAGGAAAACGCACGGAUUGCUAUUCUUGAAUCCGGCAGCUUAAGGAUUCAUAAUGUUCAAAGAGAAGAUGGUGGUCACUAUAGAUGUGUUGCAAAGAACAGCCUUGGCACUGCCUACUCGAAACCUGUAAUUCUGGAAGUGGAAGUUUUUGCUCGAAUCCUGAAAGCUCCUGAAUCCUACAACAUUAGCUUUGGCUCAGUGGUGACACUGCAGUGUGCAGCAACAGGCAUUCCAACUCCCACCGUGACAUGGCUUGAAAAUGGAAAAGCUGUCUCAGCAGGAUCUAUUGUAGAAACAGUAAAAGACAGAGUGAUUGAUUCUAGACUUCAGGUCUAUGUCACCCGGCCCGGUCUGUUCACUUGUAUAGCUACCAAUAAGCACAGCGAGACUUAUGGCACUGCAAAAGCUGCGGCUACAAUCAAUGUGUCAGAAUGGAGCAGACUUUACAAAGGUGAUGCAGGCUACUGCAGCACAUACCGUGGAGAGGUGUGUAGAGCUCUGUUAGCAAAGGAUGCAUUUGUUUUCUUCAACGCUUCCUAUGGAGACCCGGAGGAAACACAGGAACUGCUUGUCCGCACAGCACUGACUGAGCUCAAAACCGUGAGUCCUUUAUGCCGCCCUGCUGCUGAAUCACUGCUCUGUCACUACAUCUUCCAGGAAUGCAACCCCUCCAGGAGUGGACCUGCUCCCAAACCUGUUUGCAGAGAGCAUUGCCUUGCUGUAAAGGAUCUGUACUGCUUUAAGGAAUGGCUUUCGAUGGAAGAAAAUGCCCGCAGAGGCAUCUACAAACCGGGGCUGAUGUUGCUUACCCUGCCAGAGUGCAACAGACUCCCCAGCUUACAUCAGGAUCCUAAGGCCUGCACAUGGAUUCCACAUCUAGAUCUUAAAAAGGAAGAUGUAACAACAACUUGUUACAAAGGCAAUGGGUUAACCUACGAAGGUUCUGUCAAUGUCACAGCCUCCGGCAUUCCUUGUCAGAAGUGGAGCGAGCAGGUGCCUCAUUCACACAGAAAAACCCCUCAGGCUUUCCCAGAGCUCUCAAAUGCAGCAAACUAUUGCCGUAAUCCAGGAGGUGUAAAUGAACAACCAUGGUGUUAUACAAAAGAUGCAUCUGUAAAAUGGGAAUACUGCAAUGUGCCUCAUUGUGGAGAUGAACCUUUGUUAGAAGCAACAACACCAAGUUUACUUUUGCCGUAUUACCCUUCCUCUUUCUCCCCAACCUACUCCAUGACUGUCAUCAUCUCCAUCAUUUGUAGCUUUGCAAUGCUGAUUGUACUUGCUAUUACUGUUUUGAUUUGUUGCCGUAGGCGCAAGCAAUGGAAGAACAAAACAAGGGAAUCAGUCCCACCAGCCCUGACCACACUACCAUCUGAGCUCUUAUUGGACAGGUUGCAUCCAAAUCCCAUGUAUCAGCGCAUGCCUUUACUUUUGAAUCCAAAAUUAUUCAGUCUGGAGUACCCACGAAACAACAUUGAAUAUGUGAGAGAUAUUGGAGAAGGGGCUUUUGGACGGGUUUUCCAAGCAAGAGCACCUGGACUUCUUCCUUAUGAAUCAUUCACAAUGGUGGCAGUGAAGAUGCUCAAAGAAGAGGCCUCAGCAGACAUGCAGGCCGACUUCCAGAGAGAAGCAGCUCUCAUGGCAGAAUUUGAUAAUCCAAACAUUGUCAAGCUUUUAGGAGUGUGUGCUGUUGGAAAGCCCAUGUGCCUGCUGUUUGAAUACAUGGCCUUCGGAGACCUUAAUGAAUACUUGCGCAACCGAUCACCACGUAAUCUCUGUAGCUUAAGUGACAAUAACUUUGAACUAGGGGUCAGACCUUCCAGCCCUAACUUGCUUGCCCUGUCUUGUACCAACCAGCUCUACAUUGCCAAACAGGUGGCGGCUGGAAUGGCCUACCUCUCUGAGCGCAAGUUUGUUCAUCGGGACUUGGCCACCAGGAACUGUUUGGUGGGAGAAGACAUGGUGGUGAAAAUUGCGGAUUUUGGUCUCUCUAGAAACAUGUAUUCAGCAGACUAUUACAAAGCAAAUGAGAACGAUGCCAUUCCUAUACGAUGGAUGCCUCCUGAGUCUAUCUUCUACAAUCGCUACACAACUGAAUCUGAUGUUUGGGCCUACGGCGUGGUCCUGUGGGAAAUCUUUGCCUUUGGCUUGCAGCCAUAUUAUGGGAUGGCUCAUGAGGAAGUCAUCUAUUAUGUGAGGGAUGGAAACAUCCUGUCCUGCCCAGACAACUGCCCUUUGGAGCUCUACAACCUCAUGCGCCUUUGUUGGAGUAAGCUGCCUUCUGACAGACCAGGUUUUGCAAGUAUCCAUCUUAUUCUGGAGCGCAUGUACGAGAGAGUAGUGACUGCUGACCAUGAUGAGUCAAGGUAGUAACUCCAUUGGGAUGGAAGAGACAUCGUGGACCUGAGAAAUCACCCCUCUUUGGAAGUGUAACUCAUACAAGAUUUCCAAUAGCGAAAUUGAACCAAGUGAGCCCUUUCGUUUGCCUGAAGACUACAAGACUAGAUAAAGUCACUGCUGCAUUUAAAAAUGUGAUCAACGACCACUCCACCCCAUUCCCAUAUUGAAUUUUCAAAAUAUCACACUUUAACUUACAAUCUUUCCAGUUUUCUAUUUUGAUAAAUCAUUCAAAGUGGACAACCAAAAAAGUACUGAAAGUAGAUUAGGAUAAACUAGCAAAAUGGCAGAAUAUCAAAUGGAACAUUAAUUGAAACAGCAAACAACAAAAAGUAGGUGCUUCAAAGGUCUGGGAUGUUUAUCGAACUGCCAGUGUUGAACAGGAUUGUUAUAACUGUUGAUUUGGAACUUGUGUUUCUAUGUCAUUGCCUUAUUCCCACGUGAGUCAGAACAGUGGUGCAUCUAUUCCUAUGCAGUCUUCUCUAGCUGGAAGUAGCUCUCCACUGCCUCUGGGCCGAGUGUUUUCCUGCAACUCUUUUAAUUACUAAAAUAGAAUGGCAGGUGAUCAUGAUGAAUGGGAAAUGUCUACAUUCAAAGUAUCCAUGAACAUUGAUCCCAGAACAAAAGACCAUAUAAUUCAGAUUAUCAAAGCAAAAAAUUCACAUUAUCCACUUUGAACUGGAUUAUAUGAGUCUACACUGUCAUAUAAUCCAGUUCAAAGCAAAUAAUCUGGAUUUUAUAUGGCAGUGCAGAAAGGGCCUCAGCUACAGGUAUCUUAAAAAUUGGAUCCCACUCAAGAUUUCCAUAAAAUGAGUAAAGCAGUCAAUAAACCUCAUGUACCACAAAGUUUAAAAAUGCACUUUUCUUGUUAAAGUCUUUUAAAUGUAAAGUACAUUAUUUUCUCUGUUAUUAAUUCUAAUGUGGAAGUUUUAGUACAACUGAGAGGAAAGCAGGGCUUUUUAAAAAUCCAGCAUUCUAGCCUUUGUUUUAUUAGUGGAAAGGUUUUCCCCUGACAUUAAGUCCAGUCGUGUCCGACUAUGGACGUUGGUGCUCAUCUCCAUUUCUAAGACAAAGAGCCAGCAUUGUCCGUAGACACCUCCAAGGUCAUGUGGCAGGCAUGACUGCAUGGAACGCGGAGCGGUGCCUGAGCGGAUCUACUCAUAUUCGCAUGUUUUUGAACUGCUAGGUUGGCAGAAGCUGGGCUAACCCCAGGAGCUCAUGCCGCUGCCCAAAUUCAAACCUGUGACCUUUUGGUUAGCAAGUUCAGUAGCUCAGUGGUUUAACCAACUGCACCACCGGGAUCAAAGCAGAGUGAAAUUACAUUGUUUUGGAUAGCACCCAAUUCCAAAACAAAUUUGAAUAAUUAAGGUGUUAUUACAAGGGGAAGACAAAGCCUUGUUUUACACAAUGCUGUGGCAAAUUGUGCUACUAUAUGAACUGUUUAAGAUUUGUAAUGCUGCUUAAAUGUUGUCAUCAUCUAGCAUGUAUUCUAGGUUGGUGUACUAAAUUGUAUUCUCUCUCUCUCGUGAAUAUACAAGGAUUGUGAUCAGACUUUUAAGAUCUCAGAAGAGGUGUAUUUCUGAAUGACUGUAUUUCACUUCCCUAAUACAGUAGUCAUUGUUUUUUUUUUAAAUCAAUUUUGUUAUGGCAAAUCUAAGAAAAAAAAAAGAAUUUUGGACUGAAUUUUUCACCUAACCCACAGUUAGUGCCUUUCCUUUGACGUUAAGGGGUUUUGGAAGAAGGAUUUCAGAAGAAGGAUGCAACUCUUGCAAUAGUUUUGUCUGAAAUGAUGCGUAUAUGAAGUUGUGAGUCAGGUAAUGAAUGGAUAGAUAUACGCAUCAUUUCAGACAAACUAUUGCAAGAGUUGCAUCCUUCUUCUGAAAUUCAUUUUUUUUCUUAGAUUUGCCAUAACAAACUUGAUUUUUUUUUAAAAAAAAUCAACUGUAUCUCCUUCCUCCUCCUCACUCAUUUCACUCUCAGAAAACCCUUCGAAGGAAUCUUCAUCAGUGGAUGACAUAAGUAUCUCCCGGAUCCUCUUCCUCUGUUGUUCCUCAUCUAACUCUUGGGCACUCCUUUUCCCUUUUCUGACACCCUUACUACCAGUUGCAGUGUUGCUAACAGACUCUUCUACAACAGACAAUUUCUUUAUAUUUUGGAUUAAAUAAAAUCAAAAUAGUUGAAA